AUGUAUAUCCCUCCUUCCCCGGCCAAUCUUGAGGCGCUGCGGCGCCAUGGACCAACAGAUGGAUACAAUCAAUGGAUAUGGCGUCAUUUUACAAAUAUCUCAACUGCAAUAAAGUCCACAGGCUCUAUCAAACAGGGAAUUUCCUUGAUAGAACGGCGCUCAAGCUCUGCCGCCCAUACCAACCUCAUCAUCGGCCUCGUCGUCGGCUUCACCCUGGCAGCCUUCCUCACCGGCGUUGCGAUUUUCCUCUGCUGUUACGGAGAUUCCAUUAGGUUCUCCAAGAAGAAGCACAAGUACAGGCGCCGGUCGACGGGAUCGAGAAACUCGAAGCACUCACGGGAGGGAGAACAUGCUGAGGGAGCGCCGGAAGGCGAACAGGGGGCGUGA